UCGCCGAGUUGCUUUUGACAGGCAGGCGGGCAAAAAAAAAAAAAAAAAAAAAAAACAGUUGUAGGAAUAUGGAGAGUAGAAGCCGGGCGGAUGGAGAGACGUCGGUGGAAGACAAAGUGCAAGAGCGGGAGGAGGAGGAUGCAGGCAAAGGCAGACAGGGUACUGCAAGAGCUCGCUGGAAAAUGCUUGGGCAGGCACUAAGAAAGAAGCGUCUUGAUAAAGACAACCUGCAAAAAGUGUCCGUCAGAAGAUUUAAUUCAUUCCAACUUUUCUCAGUUACGGAAUUAUUAAAGAAGGAAAAGGAAGAUGAUGAUGAGCAUACCUGGCUGAAGUACACAAGUGUCUUCUACCCUGAAUACAGUGUUUUUUUGAGGCAGAACAGAGGAGCGUUAAAUGUUUCCGACAUCCUGACGAGCUUUGACAACACUGGAAACGUGUGUAUCUGGCCCUCUGAAGAGGUAUUGGCCUACUAUUGUCUCAAUCACAAAGACCUGUUCAGGGACCUUGCUGUGUGUGAGCUAGGGGGUGGCAUGACAUGCUUGGCUGGUCUCAUGGUCGCGGUUUCUUCUGAAGCAAAAGAAGUUCUCCUAACAGAUGGAAAUGAAAAAGCCAUUAUAAAUGUGUCACACAUCAUCGAGAGACACGAAAAUACGAAUGGAUUUAAAGGCCGCUUGAUAUCCACUCGCGUUUUACGAUGGGAUAAUGAGACAGAUGUCUCUCAACUGGAAGGACAUUUUGACAUUGUUAUGUGUGCUGACUGCCUGUUUCUGGACCAGUACAGAGCUUGCCUGGUUGAUGCAAUAAAGAGAUUACUCCAGCCCAGUGGAAAAGCGAUGGUAUUUGCUCCACCAAGAGGGAACACUUUAAAGCAGUUUUGCAAUCUAGCAGAAGCGGCCGGCUUUUCUAUCCAAAGACAGGAAAAUUACGAUGAGCACAUUUCCAACUUCCACUCCAAGAUUCAGGAAGAAGAUAGUGACGUUUACGACCCAGACAUCCAUUAUCCGAUAUUACUCAUCCUCACAUCAAGAUAGUGAAGUUUCAUCUGCAGAAAUACAAUCUCACAAGUUGCUUUUUUUCUGGGCAUUUCAUGUUAUUUUUCUUUUUUAUUACACCUAAAAUAAAAGUCACAAUUGAAAGCAG